AAGACAUAGACAAAAAGGUAUGAAACAGCACGGAUCAAAUCUUUCAGAUAGAUAUAAUCGAUUUUGAAAUUUACACCAUCUACCAAAAGCUAGUGAAAGUCUUUUGUGCAAUGACACUGUUAGAUUCCGAGAUCGUUAUGCAUUGGAUAUUUGUAUAUCUCACAGCUGGUCUUUCCAUAUGUCUUUCAACGAAUGUCACUGUAUUAAGAAUCGCAACAGGUGCCAGUUUUGGAAUAUACGACUUCUAUCUUCACGAAACAUUAUUCGGCGGAUUUCCCAAUUCAUCCUCACAACAAUUUAAGUCUGAAAUCAUCAACGACUGGGAAAAGACAAACAUUCAGGAGGUAACCAUAAAAAUCUACACAGAGGAAAAUAUUACUGCGUUUUUUGUGUUCGACGGCAGAAAUACCAGCAAAACCAACUGGAUGUCAAAAGAGCGAUUCAAGGGUUCUUCAUACACCGAUCUCACAACAAUUACAAUCGAUUCUCUGGAAUAUUUACAAAUAAGUUUUCAGGACCCUAAAGUAAAAAGAAGAUUCUAUAUAAGCAAUCCUCACAAUGGGUGUGACGGGGACAUUGGGUGGCUUCUUGUCGAGGAGUCCGUAUUAACUAAACCCUGCAAAGUGGAUCAAGUUUCUAAAACAACUAUCUGGUACAGUGGUUUGACGACAAAGGAUUAUUUCAAUAAUUACCUUAUAGCAGAUUUAAUGACUGUAGAAGUCAAUAUAGAUGUUACGUGCGACGACAGUGAUUUGCGAAUCGACAACGCCGUUUACAACGUGACAGGAAAUCAAUUCAACGACUCUGUUACAUAUAGGUGUCUGGGUGGUUUCAAUCAUACAUCCGGGGAUCUGUACAGACGAUGCAAUCACCUGGGACACUGGACAGGAACAUCUCCUACGUGCAGUGCCGUGUGUGACAUAACAAGCAUGCAUAUUGACAACGCAAACUACACAAUAACAGGAAACCUGUACAACGACUCUGUUACGUAUAGCUGUCUGGAAGGUUCCAAUCAUACCUCUGGGGAUCUGUACAGACGAUGCAAUCACCUGGGAUACUGGACAGGAACAAGUCCUACUUGUACCAAUACGUGCUAUUGUCCUUGUGGAUCCAAUAAAUACAUAAACGUAAAUGAUACAGAAGCAUUACAAACCAGACUACAGGAAAUAAAAUCCAAGCUCUCAAUCAGGGCAAACGAAACUUCUAAAGCUCGACGUUUAAAAGUAUGUGCAAAGGAUGAGCGAACCUCAGCGAAAGCAGUCGGGAGUAUCCUAGGUGGACUGCUUAUCGGAAGUUUUGUAUUAUCCAUUAUUGCAAGUGAUUUACCGUUGCUCUCUCGUGAAAUCAAGAAAGCAUACAGAAACAUAAGGUCUUAGCUGGAAAAUUAAUACACGUGUUUUGCCUUUCACA